UUUCUCUAUCGUUAGAAACUUAAAGUAUUAGUUUAAUGCUAAAAAAUUUAAAAAUUAAAUAAAGAAAAAUUUAAAUGAUUUUAAAAUAUAUAUGACUAUUUAGCAAAGUGUUGUAUUUAGUAGAUAUUUAGUUUAAAACUUCAAUAUGUGUUUAUCAAAAUACAAAACAAAUAACUUUACCGAACAAUGUCCUUGAAAAUUCAAUGUGUGCAAGCACAACGAACCAACCACCAACACCAAAGAAGCUAUAAUAUGCAUUUGUUUGUUGGCAGUUUUUUCUUCUUAUUCAACCAAAAAUUUUGCACCAUUCAUAAUUUUUAGCACAGAAUUUUGGCUAAAAUCCAAAUUAAAAAAAAAUCAAUGCAUAUCUUUGUUUUUUUUAAGGAGUAUGUGGUGACAUUGCUAGUGAAAUUAUAAUAGAGACAAUUAGUUUUGACCUUUAUAGAAAUUAAAAAACAAGGCAUAUAUAUAAUAAAUUCUUUAAAAAUAUUAAAAAAUAUACAAUAUCUAACUAAAUGUGCAUGUAAUUACAAAAACUACAAAAAUAUUGUUUAAUCCUUUUAUUUAAAAAAUUUAAAAGGUCUGUGAUUGCUUAAAACAUUACCAAAGAAAUACAUAGUAAUUUAAACAAGAAAAAAAUAACUAAAAAAAUAAAUUAUUUUAAAUUUUAACCAAAAUACAAUAAUAUAAAACAAUACAACUCUGUGUGAUAUAUUAAAACUAAAACAAAAAAAAAAACCAAACAACAUGUGUACGCAUAACAGUAAUAUGUUGUAUAAUAAUAAAACUACUUACUCUACCUACAAUAAAAUUGUGUGCAAUUAAUAAUCUUCAAUAAUUCAUUUAAUGGACAUUGAUGUUUUUGCUAUUGUUUUUUUGUUGCGUGACGUUGUUAUAACACAAAUAUAAUAUAAAAAUCAUAUGUUAGAUACUAAAGGAAAAUCGUGCAAAAGGAAAAAUUCAAUAUAACGUUAAGAAUAAAACAUUAACGUGAUGACACGUUCCUAUGAGCCUGCACCGUCCAUAGAAAAAGACGAAAGUCAAGUGAAAACAAACAUAGACGAUGAUAAUGAUACCAGUUUCGAAAUAGAUGAACCAGAAGAUGAAGAAACUAUAUUUGUGGUUAAAGGACAUAAUGUCUAUACACCUACUAAUGGAUCUAAUGAAAAAAUAACUUCACGUUUAAAUAGUCCCUCGGCGACUAAUGAAGAUGAAGAUCAAAUUUCUUUACAAGAAGAAAAAUCAAAUGAUGUUACCCCCAGUACAUCGGUUUGCAUAAAGGAUAGUCAUCUUUGUGCAAAAAAUAACAAUCGUGAUGAAUCUAAUGAAGAUUCAGAUUGUUCCUAUGAUUCUUAUACCUAUUCUUCCACGCCGACAACCGCAGAUGUAGCCGACGUUACAACUGUUACUUUAUAUCAUGGCGGCAACAGUGGCUGUAGUAAAAUUAUUAGGCAACCCUGUAGGCGACUGCCACCCUCGGCUAAUGUUCUAGUUAUAGCAGUACAAACGAGUCACAUGAACGAUAUUGGCUCAGUAGCAGAUGAUACUUGUUCAGGUUCUUUAGAAACAACAACGACUGAUCUCGAAACGGAAAAUGCACCCUCAAUAAGUCCCUAUAAUAAUAGACGACUUCAGCCCGUCACGAAUUCGUCAAAUCUUAUUUACAAUUCCACAAUACAUUCCAUACCCUCAGUACUGUUAACUCAUCCCACUGCUGCUUUCCAAGAAACCGAUUCAAAUGCUAUCGAAAUACCUCCUACACGUACUAAUCGCCAUCAGCGUACUAUGUCUUCAACAUCACAACGUUCAAUAGCCUCUCAGCAUUCAGUACAUACCGCUAAUACAACAUUGUCCAUAACUCAGCCGAAAAGUCGAAUUUGGACGUGUUUAAGGUGGAUAUGUUUAAGAUUUAAGAGUUCCGGCAUAGGAGAACCAAGUGUACAUCAUGCUUUGGUUGUGAUCUUUUUAGAGUUUUUUGCCUGGGGUUUGCUAACAAUGCCAGUUAUAUCGGUAUUAAAUCAAACCUUUCCCGAACACACAUUCCUAAUGAAUGGUCUAGUCAUGGGAAUUAAGGGUAUACUAUCAUUCCUAAGUGCACCGCUGAUUGGUGCUCUGUCAGAUAUUUGGGGUCGCAAGUUUUUCUUGUUAAUAACAGUAUUUUUCACAUGUGCUCCCAUACCUUUAAUGACAAUAAACACAUGGUGGUUUUUCGCAAUGAUCUCAAUAAGUGGCAUAUUUGCUGUCACAUUUUCAGUUGUAUUUGCUUAUGUGGCAGAUGUGACAACAGUAGAAGAACGAUCACGUGCUUAUGGUUUAGUUUCGGCAACAUUUGCCGCCAGUUUGGUAAUCUCUCCUGCUCUUGGUGCUGCACUAAUGGAAAAGUACAGUGAUACAUUAGUCGUUGCUUUAGCUACAGCAAUCGCUGUAUUGGAUGUUUUCUUUAUAUUAGUAGCAGUUCCUGAAAGUUUACCGGAUAAAGUGAGGGGCUCUUCUUGGGGUGCUCCCAUUAAUUGGGAGCAAGCAGAUCCUUUUGCUGCUUUACGCAAAGUUGGUACAGAUCAUACCAUUCUAAUGCAAUGUGUUACCGUAUUGCUAUCGUAUCUACCAGAGGCUGGACAAUAUUCAUGUAUAUUUGUCUAUUUAAAAUUAAAAAUGGGCUUUAAUACAAUGGAAGUGGCUAUUUUCAUUGCUGUAGUUGGUAUACUAAGUAUUAGUGUUCAAGUAACUUUAGGUUAUUUAAUGCGGAGGGUUGGAGCUAAACGCACUAUUGUUUUGGGUCUUAUAUUGGAAAUGACACAACUAUUUUGGUAUGGUUUUGGCAGUCAAAAGUGGAUGAUGUGGGCUGCCGGUAUAUUGGCUGCUUUAGGUUCGAUAACAUAUCCAGCUAUUAGUGCAUUUGUCUCCAUACACUCAACGGCAGAUAGUCAAGGUGCCGUUCAAGGUAUGGUCACUGGCAUGCGUGGACUAUGCAAUGGCUUAGGCCCGGCUAUGUUUGGUGUUAUAUUUUAUUUAUUCAAUGUUGAUUUGAAUAAUGAAAAAUCACUACAAGAGAAUGUUGAAAAUGAUAGCUGGUUUCAAUUUCCGGGACCGCCUUUUGUCUUUGGUGGUUUUAUGGUCAUACUUGCCAUACUUGUAGCACUGUUUAUACCAGAAGUUCAUGGUGAUAUGAAUUUUAUACGUACUCCUAAUGAAAAAAAACGGGCUUCAGUAGAUGUACAAUAUGAAGUUGAAGGUGGUAUAAAACCAACAAGCCCUUUAAUGCGUUCAAAUUCAUUGGCGCAGCUGUAGUAUUGUUACCUAAUAAUAAGAAAAUUAUUGUGUUAAAUUGUAAGCUUAAA